AUGGGGAAAGUUACCAAACAUAGCAACAAUAAAGACAAAGGAAAAGUACAAAGCUUCUCUACCCUUCGAUUUUCUGCUACCAAAGGCUUUGUUUCGAACCAAGCUACAAUCACACAAGUCUUCAAGCGACGCUCUGUCCCUGAAAAGGGUGAAGAGAACUGCGAGGCUGAAGACAAUGAUACUGUCCAAGAUCUCCCUCUCAACACUCAGCACAGAGACUUUUUCGAAUCUCUCUGUGCCCGCUUGCAUGAGGACGGACGUCCUGUUGAAUACAACAGGAAUACUGUUUGGGUGGAGCCAAUUAAUCCCUAUUUUGCACUGCUGAAGAAGAUACCGGCGAAGGAGGAACCCAAUAAAAGCCUAUAUCAACCUCGAGUAUUUCUAUGGCUACCUCAUCACUUGCUUCCACACAGGUCCAAGUCUUUAGAAUGCCCCAAGUGUAAAUCUCCACUGGAAAGCAAAGGCUUCAACAAGGAUCCGCAUGCUAGAAGAAUCGUUGAUCUUGCAAGUUGUUUCCAUCUGUUGUCAUGCAGAUACGAAUGUACAGUGACUGGAUGCAAAAAGCCUGGAUUUGAAGACUCAUGGCAAUCUCACGACCCCAUCAUUAUGCGACAAUUGCCACAGGAGCUACAAAUGGAAUUCCCUGCCGUUUUGACUAGCAAAGGAGGUGUUUCCAAAACUGUUGCAAAUCUCCUUCGUCCGUGCAUACAAAACUCAAUGGGUCCUCAGAGAUUCCAAAAGUUACUCCGAGAAUUGCAUGUUCUUCGUCAAGAUCAGCUGGAACUCCAGUACUUACUGUCAUGUUUGGCUAAAAAGAAAGGACUCCUCCGGAACUAUUUAUUCCUACCGUACUCGAAUUUUGAAGACUCUCACCAGUAG